UAUUUCAAACGUAGAGUGAAGCGCGCGCGACUCGUGGAUUAAGUGGAGUUUAACGGUUGUGAUUUUUACAAGAGUGUGGAAGGAAGAGGAAGUCAAUUCCGCCAAUUCUGUUUGUGUGUAUGUUUUUUUUUUUGUUUUUGUGUGUGCGGUUUCGGUUUCUCGUGUUGUUUUUUUUUCUUUUGCGCUGUCGUCAUCCGUCGCCGCCGUCGGGGCUUUGAACUGCGUCGAGCGUUCAACGGCUUCGCCCCCGCGUCCCGCUACCCGGCUCCCCUCCGCCCCCUACCGUGCGUUCGCUGUGCAACUCCUAAAAAAAAUAAUAAUAAUAAUAAUGUGUGACAACGCUGCCCGCCGCCGAAUGUUUCGCAUUAUCUCCUCGCUUUUGCCCGAUAAGUGCCCGUCCGCUGCAGUGACCCCGCUCCCCCCUACCCGCUGCGCGCACACUUGCAAUCCACAAUCAGUUGUUGGCCGGCUCUAAUGAACGUUGAACUGUACCAAAAAGCAAAAAUGCAAAAUACCGUACGAAAAUAACAAACGGUUCAGUAAUAAAUGCUGUCAUCGCACUCGCACCCGCACUCUGCUCUAGCUGGAGUGGGACAUCCAUUCGUAUGGCUUUCGCUCGCACACGCAUGUCCGAACUUCUCAGUGCAUUCACCUCUAGUGUUUGCCCGCUCGCACCCGCUGCAUCUCUAUAUCGGAUGAUGAUCACCGCUCUGAAAUAGUAAAUUCUUACUGGAUACUGGAUUGGCUAUCUUAUAUCUUGAAACUCUGGUUCAAAAUGAAGUCUUGCUGUUAUAUAUUUUUAUCUGAGAAGCCGAAAAAUAACAGAUCUAAUAACAAAGCGUUUCCCCGAUUUUGACUGAAACAAUUCACAAUUUGGUAUAUAAUAAUAUUGGAGCUAAAAGGAGCAUUCUAGGAGGAUUUUUGAACCAAAAUGGGAUAUCAGAAGAACCCUCUAACCAGUGGAUCACGUCGGUGGAAUGGAGAAAGAGCGAAGAUUACUCAUACUCAUGACCAAGAGGAGAAGACAUCUCCAUGGCGGAAGUGCAACACGUCUUUUGCUCUCCGGCAGAGCAAAAAAAUUAAAGACGUUUUAGUCAUGACGGUAGUCGCUAUCUUCCGGUCUCUGGUCUGUGCUUGGAAGCCACAUGGUUCUCCAGCAGACAGAGAGAGGGAGAGCUACGGGCUACGGCUCCAAGAUCGUCGUACUUAAGCCACGGGCACUUGUCAAUCGGCUUUAAAGUUAUGCAACACAUUCUCGACGGCAGCGACCUAUUAAAGACCUGCUGACCCGCUCCAAGUCAUCACUGCCACCGGAGAGCUCCAACGCAGUUGCAGGUCAAGCUCAAGGAUUAGCAACAAAUGUGCUCAGGAUAUUGCCUUGACAAGUGAAGAAAUCGAAAAGGAUAGCAAAGGAAAGGAUACAGGAUAAAGGACUCAAACAUAGUGUAGUGACUCAACCAUGAUGCACUGCCUCUGGUCGCAGCAGCAGCUGCUGCUGGGCCUCAUGGCCUUGGCCCUGUUCAACCUGACCGCCGGUCGUUCGGUCCGUCAAGUCGGUGGUGCAGGUGGUGGUGGCUAUCCGCCGGUACUCCCGGGUGGUUACUAUCCCCAACCGCCGCCGCCGCCCCAUUAUCCUGUCUAUCCGCCGCACUCGUAUGGAUAUGGUGGCUACCAGAGUCAUCCGCCGCCACAUGGCUUCCCUCCAGCUGGAAAUUACUAUGGUGUCUAUCAGAGUUUUCCCGGAGGCGGUGAUCCAGUGCAGUUUGAUUAUAAUAAUCGUUGUUCGCGGAACUACAUUGGCAUCAAGCCGCAUCCUGACCAGCAACAGUACUAUUAUGUGUGUCAAUCCAACUGCGUGAUUUUCAGCAAGUGCCGUAACCAUCAGAGCUUCGAUCCGACCACCGGACGAUGUGUCCAGCAGCGGGGUCCCCAGCAGCCACUCCAGCCGCAUCGUUCCCGACCAAAGCCGUGCCAGAAGGAGGGUCGAUUCCCCAAUUCGCACGAUUGCAGGACAUACUAUCGCUGUGACAAGAAUCAGACGGAGCCCUGGCUAUUCGCUUGUCCCGAGGGAACCAUCUUCUCGCCGCUGGUCCGCAAGUGUGUGCCCGGUGACCAGUGCCCCUCGACGGAGAUAUCUUCCAGUGGCAGUUACAUUCCACAGAACUGUGAGCUCAAGUUUCCCGUGUGCACCGAGGACGGGACCUUCCGUUCGCCGACGGACUGCGCUUUGUACUAUACGUGCCGCCAGCAGGAGAGCGGCAACUAUCUCCAAACGCGCUUCAAGUGUCCCGGCAGCAAUAGUUUCGAUACGGAAAGGAAGAUCUGUCGGCCACGCAGUGAAGUUGAUUGCUAUGACUACCAGCCAUCGCAUCCCUAUUAUCCCUACUAUCCGCCCUAUCCGGCUGCUCCACUCUACGAGGAGGAUGACUACGAUACGGGAGCGGGAGCGACGAAUAAGGAGCAUCAGGAGCAUUCCGUUCCAAAGUCCGGAAGGUUCCAAGAGAACAUUGUCAUACUGCCCACGACGACGACGACGACCACAGAGAAGCCCCAUUAUGGCUAUCCGACAUAUUCCUAUGACGAUUCUUCCUAUUAUCGCAACAAGGAGCCAGCCUCAGAAAGUUUGCACAUUGAGGAUGAGAGAAUUGUUAAACCUUCGGUGAAUGUUGUUAUCUUGCCCAGCUCUACACCGGCCACAACCAGUACUCAGUAUCAUUCGACCAAAUAUCAAUACAAGAGGUUCACAGAGAACCCGCAGGCGAAGGUGGAUGCUGUUAAGGAGUUGCAUCUUUCCAAUAAAAUUGUUAUUGUGCCAACUACAGAGACUACAACUACGACAACGACAGCCAAGCCGACGACACACUCAUGUCCUACACACCCAACGCCCAUACCAAAUACCAGCACUGUACCAACAAAACCAACAACUACUCGAGAAACUAGUACGGUUACAACCACAACAACUCAGAAGCCCACAAAGCCCACAAAGCCCACUGUUACAACAACUACCAGAAAACCAACAACAACUCCAAUACCAACAACAACAACUACUCAGAAGACAACAACAACAACCCAGAAAUCAACAACAAGAGAAUCCAGCACUCAAAAGACAACUGAGAAAAUCUCAACAAGUUCUAAGACCACAGAGAAGGCCACAACAACCACUCAAAAACUGGAAACAACGACUCCGAUAAUAACCACAACCACUCCGAAGUCAACAACGACGACCCCUAAGACAUCGACAGUGACAACCACUACUGUAAAGCCGACAACUACGACUCUAAAAACAUCUACAGUAACGACAACUACUUCAAAACCAACAACUACAACUCCAAAAACAUCUACAGUAACAACAACUACGACUCCAAAAACAUCUACAGUAACAACAACUACAGCAAAGCCAACAACUACGACUCCAAAAACAUCUACAGUGACAACAACUACUCAAAAGCCUACAACGACGACUCCUAAAACCUCUACAGUCACAACCACGACUCAGAAACCAACAACGACGACUCCUGCAACAUCUACAGUGACAACCACGACAGUGAAACCAACAACGACGACUCCUGAAACAAGUACAGUCACAACCACGACCCUGAAACCAACUACGACGACUCCGGAAACCUCUACAGUCACAACAACAACCCAGAAACCAACAACGACAUCUCCUGAAACCUCUACAGUCACAACCACGACUCUGAAACCAACAACGACGACUCCAGAAACCUCUACAGUUACAACCACGACCCAGAAACCAACAACAACGACUCCCGAAACCUCUACAGUCACAACCACGACUCUGAAACCAACAACAACGACGACUCCUAAAACAAGUACAGUCACAACCACGACCCUGAAACCAACUACGACGACUCCGGAAACCUCUACAGUCACAACAACAACCCAGAAACCAACAACGACAUCUCCUGAAACCUCUACAGUCACAACCACGACUCUGAAACCAACAACGACGACUCCAGAAACCUCUACAGUCACAACCACGACCCUAAAACCAACAACGACGACUCCAAAAACAUCUACAGUCACAACCACAACUCUGAAACCAACAACGACGACUCGUGAAACAAGUACAGUAACAACAACAACACAGAAACCAACAACGACGACUCCCAAAACAUCUACAGUGACAACCACGACCCUAAAACCAACAACGACGACUCCAAAAACAUCUACAGUCACAACCACGACAGUGAAACCAACAACGACGACUCGUGAAACAAGUACAGUGACAACAACAACACAGAAACCAACAACGACGACUCCCAAGACCUCUACAGUAACAACCACGACCCAGAAACCAACAACGACAACUGCUGAAACAUCUACAGUCACUACAACAACCCUAAAACCAACAACGACGACUCCUGAAACAAGUACAGUCACAACCACGACCCAGAAACCUACAACUACGACUCUUAAACCGACAACGACGACUCUUAAACCAUCAACAACGACUCCCGAAACCUCUACAAUCACAACGACAACCCAGAAACCGACAACGACGACUCCACAACCGACUACGUCUACUAAGAAACCGACCACAGUUACAACUUCGACCCAAAAACCAACAAGCACGACUCCUUGGCUAACCACGGAAAUUACAAGAACAACGGAAACGACCACUGUACUAAUUACCACUGAAAGGCCAACGACAACGACUCCAAAGACAUCGACAGUGACCAUAAGUACCCAAGGACCAACAACUACAACUGAGAAAUUGACAUCGGUGACGGCGACGAGCACAGUGACGACCUCUCCAGCCCCCGUAGACAACAGCACAGCAACGACGGAUCUGACGACACGACCCCACUGCCCCGACCCGGACUCCACCGCAGAUACAAACACAAAUCCAGCAUGCACACCGACACAACACCUGAAGUCACUCCAACAACAGACUAUCGAACAGUCAUCCAACCAAACACACACCAACACAGCGAUAACUGGGAGCGGGAAUCCCCUGGGUAAGCAGGAGGAGUUGCGAGCGAAUAGUUUGCACUCCAAAGAAGAGUCCCUGGACUACAUGGACGAUGCGCCAUCGUUUCCGGCCGAGUUCGAGGCGGAAGCGGGAAGAGCAACGACACCCAAGGUGCCGACCAUGUCCACCCUGGCAGCUGCUCACAUUUUGAGGAAACUCUUUAAUGUAAUCUCCACCACCACUCCGGCUAGUCGAGAGCGUGUUCCUCCUACUCGGCGUCCGCCCGGAGUGACCAUUGCCCAAAUGGCCAGGCACAAUUUGGCCACCUCCAAACCCUUCAUAGCCCAUUCGCUGCGUCUCUCCAUUCAGCAGUUAGCCUCCACGCAGGAGCGUUCUGUUCAGUCACAGAUCCUCCCUAUGGCAACCAAGAAGGAGUCAGAGGAUUCUGAGUAUUAUGAUACCUCAGAUGCCGAUGAUGAGGAUAACCAAGUUUUGGAAGGAAGAGAUGCACCAAAGGCCAUGGCCAGUACAACCACAAUGGCCGCUGUGCUACCGACAGUCCAGGAUUCCAUGACCACGACCACGGAGCAGCAGGAAACUAGUUCCCGGGCAAGUCCAACCACAACUACGAUAAGUGAUUCGGAGUAUUCCGAGUCUGAUUAUGUCAAUGAUGAGGCUGAGAAUGAAAUUCCGAGUGGAGUAAAGAGUCUAGAAGCAAGAAAGAGUAUGUUGCUAAGCCUGCUCAAGGAGAGGCUACAGCCACUGCCUCUGGCUAUUACGGGAAAAAAUAAAGAAGGAAGUACUAGUACAAGUACCAGCACUAGUACAAGUACAAGUACAAGUUCAAGCUCUAGUACAAGUACCAGCACUAGUACAAGUACAAGUUCAAGCUCUAGUACAAGUACUAGUACAAGCACUAGCACUAGUACGAGUACUAUUUCCCCCAUGACUUCGACUACUAAGCCAGAGUCAACGCUUUCAGCUCAAAAUAAAAGCCAUCGAAGCUCGGAAUACUACGAUGAUGAUGAUGACUAUAUGGAAGAUGAACCUGUUAGCGGUUUGUCUAACCAAAACCAAGAGGAAUUGGCCAAGAAGCCACCAACAGUCAAUGCCAAGCGACAUAUAGUUCCCACACAGUCUCAGUUACAGCCAAAGCCACAAAUACAGAAGUUCAUGCCAGUUCCUAAAGCACAAGAAUUAAGUGUAGAGAGUUCACAAUUGCCCACAGCCAGCUUCCUAAAGCAAUCCUCAGCAGAAGUGAAUGCAGAGAAGAGCAAAAGCAAUUCUCUGGCAGAUGAGGCAAGUCGCAGACUUAGUUUCCUUGGGCGUAUUCUAGGGCUUACCAGCAAAGCCACCACAGUCACACAGUCAACUACUACAACACCUAGGAUAGUUUCCCCUACAACAUCAUCCACUACUGAAUCAUCUACGACAACAGUCACAGAAUCAUCAUUAGCAUCAUCAGUGACACAAAGAGAGCCAACAAGAGUGCCAAGAAGUUUCAUGACAAAUCUGCUGAAAAAAGCAGGAAAAGCACAUAUCAAACCAAGAACAGAAAGAACAUCAACCAAGUCGCCGGCAGUUCGCCAGGAAGUGCUGUCCGUGAAUAGCAAACCAUGGUUGCUGGCGGCUCGAAAUCAAACCGUUCACCUAACACCCAUCGCCGUCACUUCCACCUUAAACCCAGUGAGCCAAGUUAAUAGUUCGAAUAUCCUCCAUCCGUUAGUGACCAUUCCCGGGAAUUAUACCACCGAAAAGGUGCCGCAACUUAUCGUCAAGGUAUAUGAACCCAUCGAUCUGAAGAUUGUAUUUUGUCCCAAGUCCUGUGACCAGGACCAUGACCACAAAUAUGACCCAGCUGAUAAUCAUAAGAAUAUAACCAGCUGUACUGGUGGUAAUUGCCAGGACGAGGAGAUACACAAGCAUGUGGAUAUCCAGUGGAAGCCACUGGAACUCGACGAUAUUGCCAGCUUCCGGAAUGCAGUCUAAAAAAAAAAAAAACAAGGAGCACA